AUCUCAAUGCCAUUAUGUAUAUGUACGCGCAUACAUAGCCUAAAAUUUCAGUGCUUCCUUAAAUUCUAAAAUAAGGCUAGUAUAUCUUUUAUGAAUUUUUUUAAAAUGAAUCUCCAUAAGCUUCGGAGCUACAGAUUUACUUUGAGAUGGUCAAGUUCCCUGAACAACACGUUAAAUGCAACGACAGAGAAAACGAAUGAGUUGAACAAACCUAAAGCUUUUGAACGAUGGGUUCUUUUACAGCAACGUAUUGGAGGAAUCUCUUUAAAGAUUACAAAGAAGCUGCGUUGGAUGCUGCCAAAGAUUGCAAAGAACAUCCCUUGAAGGCUUCUACCUACAUUUCCAUCCUAGCGGCCGGUGUAUAUUUAAAUAGAUGCAAUCCUACCGAAUCAUCGUUUAAAGAAGAACUGCUGCAAAAUACAAUAAAGAUAAUGCAAGUAGGACAGAAUGUACGUAAUCCAAUAACAGAAAAUUACGUGAAAUGGUUAGGCCAGUGUUACAAUGAAGGCAUCGUCAGGAGAUUGAAUUUAGGAAUAAUUUCAUUCAUUUGGCUCGACGAUUACGACGAGAUGUGCGCCCUUUAUAAAGCGAUUUGUCCUUAUCUGAAAGUUAGGUACUUAACGUUUCAUAAAAGGGUGAUAGAUAUCGGGUUCAUGGACAAAUGGUGGGUACUAGACAAUAAAAUGAAAGAUUAUGAUGUGAACGAGGCGGAAUUUCACGGUAGGGUAAUGCAAUUAUCGAAUUAAUGAAUAUAGGCAAUAGAUAAAUUUGUUUGACAUGUUAACGACGGUUGACGAUA